AUCGGUACGUUUUAAACGGUGGGAAGAACGAAUCUGUUUUUACUCGAACCUGGUAGCCGUGGACAUAUAUAACCGGGAAGAGAAGCCGGGUGUAACCGCAGGAUCACUCGUGUUCCAGAUAUUCAAGCACGUGGACUCGAACAACCGCAAAGAAAUCGAACGAUAACACUCGCGGUCAGUCGUCUCCGAAGAACGCGUCGCGUUUUCUGGAUUCGUUGGGAAUUUCGUUUUGACAUAUGAAAACUACCCUGUAACCAUUUCUCUGUCAACUUUCGUUCGGACGAUCAGUUUCUUGACGAUCCUUCUACCGAUUCAUUGUCAGCUUGAGAAGCACUGACGCGCGAAUUGCCUUUUGGCGAGUAAGGAUCGAACCCUUGCGGCUGCGGUGUGUUGUUUUAUUUUCUCUUAAAAUCCAUCGUGUCCGCGAUGGCAAUAUGACGGUGUAGGAACAAAAUAUCACCGAGAUCAGCGACGCCGUGGAAAGCAGAGACUUCGAAUUGGGAGAUUUACGAAAAAGAUGGGCCGGACGAUCAGUUGGGGUCUCCUUGCCUUGUUGGCGAUAGCGCUUUCGCCAUCUAUGAAAGUGGAAGCGUGCAGCUGCCAGUAUUCGCACCCUCAAACGCAUUUCUGCCAGGCGGAAUUCGUUAUUCUCGCCAGAGUAAUGAAGCAUAUCCCAGGCGACAGUUACGAGACCGCCUACAGAGUGAAGAUCCACAAAAAGUUUAAGCUGAGUCACGAAGCCGAGCGCUCUCUGAAGGAUGGCCUGCUGUACACUGCAUCCAGCGACGGAAUGUGCGGAGUAUCUCUACAACGGGGAUUGACGUACGUUAUCAGCGGCCACGUGAGCGAUGGAAAGCCGAGGUUCAACCUCUGCGGCCUGGUCAUGCCGUGGCCGAAGGUUUCACCCAGGCAACGAAAGGGAUUCAGGAUGCUAUACCACCACAACUGCGUCUGCAGCAUUCAAUACACGGCCUGGCACAACAAGGGUGCCGCUCUGGCUAACGGCGCGAGAAAACAAUGCCUGUGGGAAAGCACCCCCGGUCCUCAGGACUGCCAGGAGCAGCACGGACUGUGCAUGAAGGGACCAGCCGGAUGUUCCUGGUUCCCUUCGGUCGCCUACAAGAACUGCAUCAAGGAGCACCAGCGUAAGAGAGAAGAACAGUGGGCAAGGGAACCCUGAUCACCGAUCGUCGAGUACGAGCUACGAUCACGCGUCGGAAAAACACGCGGAUCUUUCAUUUUUAAGUAUAAAUAUUUUAACUACGAACUAACGCAUACGUAUUUAUUCACCCAUCGCGUGGGCGUCAAACGAUCGUAUCUCAUCCAAGAAUCUUUGAAUCGACGUUAAAACCGGUACACGAGGACGGACGUGCUUUCGUUCCUGGGAGGUACUCCGGAUCUUUUACCCCUGCAGACAUAUUUAUUUUGUUAUUUUUUAAUUUUUUUUUUUCAACUUCUAUUUGUACUACGAAUAUAUUGAAUGAGAGAGAUUACCGACUCGGAGUAGCUGCGAUGUUAUCGGAUUUUAUUAAGACUCAGGCUCACAAUCAGCUGCCCAAGCCAGGCUGCAGGUAAUUGACGCGACGCUUAAUGACAGAGUCCUUUAUGGGCUUGAAUUGUACUGAUUGGACGCUACUGCACUUACCUCGAGUCCGAGUAUUUGGGUUGUCGAGGACGGAUAUGCAAACGACGACCUGACGGUACGGAGAACACGGUCAGAUGAUAACCAUACGCGAUCAAUAGAUUCUCGUCAAUUUGAACACGUGAAGAGAAAAACUACCGGAGGCCAAACUCUUUCGCUUUUAUCGUGAAACACGUUUUAACCCGCGCGGUAUAGAUAUAUACAUACCUAUUAUGUAUUGCUAUAUAUAUGUGUUGUAAAUAUUUCACAAGCUUAUUGUAUAUUGUGUAACGUUAAAUUAUUUCCUUCACAUUUUAUAUGUAUACAUAUCUAAUAAUAAUGUUAAUGUAGAUUUAGAAUUAAUUGUAAGAUAUACCUACACAGCUAUAUACAGGGUGGGCCAAAAAAACAACAUUAUCUAUUUAAAACGUGAAUGAAAUUUGAACGCAUUGACCGAUUUCCGAGAACUUUCUCUAACAAUUAAUUUUUUUCAGUCUUCCAGCGACAUUUUCAAAACCUGCUUUUCAACAACGUGUACAUCAACAACGAAUUAAGAUUUCCAGAUUUUCAAACGCGGAAUAAAAGAUGCGUUCUUCUGCUUGAGGGAAAAAAAAAGUUUUCGAAAAUUGGUCGACACGUUUGGCUUUUAUUCAGGUUUAAAAUCGGUCCUGUUCUUUUUUCGUUGCCCCACCCCCUAUGUUGCACAGCUUAUAAUACAUGAUAUAUUAUGAUGUAUGGCUCUUUCGCGUUGCUAUCGAGUUUACCUAAUUCUUUGUAUUCUUUUGAAUGGUAUAAUUCAUUUUGAUACGCAUUUACGUAUCGCUUUUAUUUUUGAAAAAUUUUUUAACUUCGUUUUCACUUUCGUUUCACAUCAUCUUAUCACCUUUUUUCCCUCCAAUUUUCACUUAUUUCGCAAUCGGGACUUUCGCAUCCCACCGUUGGCCCCGUAGAGCGUGACCAAUGCGUAGGACCAAAUUUAGUACAAACUACUAAUACCAAUAGUUUAUAACCUUAUAUUGAUUGAAGAAUAAUUUCAAACGUAUGCAACGUAACAAGACUAAAAAUAAUGCUACCAAACAGUAGAAUUGAAUAUCGGAACUGGAAUGGGUUGUUUCCGCAAUUCCAGCAAUUUAUCGUCAAUAAGUACUUGGCAAUUUUGAUCAAUCGAAAAUUAAUUACUCGGUAACUAUUUCAUAUGGAACGCGUUUCACAGCGAUAAAUAUUGGUAGAAAUUUUUUGCUGUCUCAGUUGCAAACCAGCCCGUUUUAUUUCUGGUAUAGACGUAGGCCAUUUCAGUUCUCGUAGGGAUAUGUUCUAUGCAAGUUGUAACACUUUUUUGUUGAUAGCGAUUAAGAUUUGCUCGCAACUACUCAACAUGUUGAUAAUAAACGUUUCGUUCGACAAGCAAAUCAACUGACACUUCGAACAUUAAACUGAAAUUCAUGAUCUGCAA